CCCUCCGUCUCCGAUCUGCUGGUGGACGAUCCCCUUCGAGAGGCGGUGUUAGCCAACAUCGAAAGCCUCCAGGACACGCUCGCGGAGACACCGCUCCUGAAGGAGUGCGAGGACGAGCCCUCCAUCAUCGGCUCGCACGGCCUGCCCUUGCUGGACCUGGCCCCGAGCACGCCCCUCUCGGUCAGCCCGGGCUCGCCUCCGCCGCACCUGGGCGCCCCCCUCCUCCCGACGCCCCCCACCAGCCCUGUCAACAUCCAUGUGUUCGACUCGGACGAGGAGUCCCCGUGCGCCGACCUCAACACGCCGCUCAAGUUCGACUGCAAUGAAGCGACGUGGCGGCCGUCCGAGGAGGUGCCGGAGCCCCGCCUCAGCCCAACGCGGGUCAUCCCGACCAUCGACUACCUGCAGGUGCCGCCGCACCACAGGGCGAAGCUCAGGAAGAGGCGUCGCGUGUCUUUCAGCAAGGGGGCGGAUGCGCCGGGAAUUCCCUCACCGCCGGUGUGCCCGACGGGGAUGCCGGCGCUGACCGAGGCCGUCGUCACUGAGCCUCCCCUGGAGGAGUCGUCCGAAGACGACCUGGUCGAGGAAUCCGUCCAGGCCAACGGCGGCGUCCUGCAGGUGCCCGGCCCCGUGGCCGAGAGGUCCUCCAACCUCAGCGCCGCCAACUGCGUCAUCAAAAUCCCCAAGAAGCAGCGGAAGCCCUCCUUCUCCAACAUCGACAUUCCCUGCUACCACCGGCGGCCGUCGGGCCAGGCGCUCGACGUCAACUUCGACUACACUUUCACAGUGAUGUAUGGCCGCUACACGAAGGACCUCGGGAGGUACGCGCGCGAGGAAGCCAAGAAGCUCAAGAAAGACGACCACAAGAACCUCGGGAGCGGCGCCUCAGGUCUGCGGCCGUACCGUGGGAAAGUGACCUCCAAGUGCCUAGGUCUCCUGGGCACUGUAUGGCAAGCUACCUUCGCCAGGGUAGGAGAGGACUGGGUAUUCCUGGCGGUGCUGGGCGUGGGCAUGGCGAUCAUCUCCUUUAUUAUGGACUACGGCAUUGCGAUGUGUAAUAAAGCCCGAAUCUGGCUGUACCGGGACCUCGCGAGUCACACCGCCCUGCAGUAUCUCGCGUGGGUGUCUCUGCCUGUCUGCCUCAUCCUGUUUUCCGCCGGCUUCGUGCACAUCUUAGCUCCGCAGGCCGUGGGUUCUGGAAUACCCGAGAUGAAGACGAUCCUCCGGGGGGUCGUCCUCAAGGAGUACCUGACCUUCAAGACACUCAUCGCGAAGGUCAUCGGUCUGACGGCGACCUUGGGCUCCGGGCUUCCGCUGGGCAAAGAAGGACCCUUCGUGCACAUCGCCAGCAUCGUAGCCACCUUGCUCUCCAAAGCCGUGACGUCAUUCAAAGGCAUCUACGAGAACGAAUCCCGGAACUCGGAGAUGCUCGCGGCUGCCUGUGCGGUCGGUGUGGCUUGCUCGUUCGCGGCGCCGAUAGGAGGUGUGUUAUUCAGCAUCGAGGUCACCAGCGUGUACUUCGCCGUCAGGAACUAUUGGCGUGGGUUCUUCGCCGCCGUGUGUGGAGCCAUGAUGUUCCGUCUCCUGGCUGUGUGGUUCAACGAUGAGGAGACUCUGACGGCGCUGUUUAAGACCAACUUCAAGGUGGGGUAUCCGUUCGACCCCCAGGAGCUCUUCGUCUUUGCGCUCAUUGGGGUCAUGUGCGGUUUCCUCGGCGCCUUCUUCGUGUGGGUUCAUCGCCAGUACGUCACCUUCAUGAGGAGAAAUAAGAAGAUGAAGAUGUUCCUANUCUCCAGCCGUCUGUUGUACCCCCUGUUCGUCAUCAUAAUCUAUGGAUCCUUCUCCUUCCCUCUGGGCCUGGGACAGUUCGCCGGCACCGAAUUAAAUAACCACCAGCAGGUGGUGGAGCUAUUCAGCAAUGUUACAUGGACAAAGGCAGAUCACAGUGUCCACGAAUUUGAGAUUGUAGAGAACUGGCGCACUCCUUGGACUGGCAUAUUCAUCAACCUGCUUAUAUACAUGCUGUUUACGUUCUGUGGCAGUGUGGUGGCCAGCACACUACCUGUUCCUUCUGGUAUCUUCAUCCCAGUCUUCAAGAUUGGGGCAGCUCUUGGAAGGAUUGUAGGAGAGGCCAUGGCUGUCAGUUUCCCCAAUGGCUUGCGAUAUGGAGGACACAAUCACAUUAUUAUACCUGGCGGCUACUCGAUUGUGGGUGCGGCAGCAUUAGCAGGGGCUGUCACCCACACCAUCUCCACUUCUGUCAUUGUCUUUGAACUCACUGGCCAGAUUACACAUAUUCUUCCUGUAAUGAUUGCUGUCUUGAUUGCAAAUGGAAUAGCACAACUCUUGCAGCCAUCAGUGUACGACUCCAUCAUUCAAAUUAAGAAGCUCCCAUAUCUCCCUGACAUUCUCACUGCCACCUCAGGGGCCUAUAAUAUCUAUGUGGAAGAUUUCAUGGUGCGAGAUGUGAAGUACAUUUGGUAUGGAAUUACGUACAAACAGCUGAAAAACACACUCAAAGAACACAAGAAAAUCAGAUCAUUACCCCUUGUUGAUUCUCCAGAUUCAAUGAUUCUCUUGGGAUCUAUACAGAGAUCAGAAUUGAUCUCUCUAUUAGAAGAGCAUUUAGGAAAGGAUCGAAGGCUGAGAGUCAUCAACAAGUGGAAAUUUGCAGCUCAAAGACUCCUCGAAAUUGAAGAGACCAAUAAGAAGGCAAACGUUCCAUCGGCUGGAUUGGCAAUGGUGGCAGGUGUGGGAGGAGCACUUGCUGCAGUGGCGGGGAUUGGUCUAAACUUCAAAGGAGAAGCUGCCUCAGACCCAGGAACUCCCCAGUCAGAUUCACCCCCAGGAACACCCCCCACAGUAGCCACAACCCCAGUGACCUCUGGCCCCACAACCUCAACCCCCAAUGACACCCCAGAUGAUGCAGUGUUAAAGCAGAGACGACCCUCAAGGUUUGAGGUCACAAAAGUCGAGUCACUUUCCAAGAAUGAGUCAACGGUUACACUACAGAUUGACCCUGUAGAGAUCCCAGCAAAAUCUGAAACAGCACUGGAUAAGCCACAGAUAACCCAAAGGAACAGUUUGCCUAGGAAGUCAAUCCUAAAGAAGACAAACAGUUUUAUCCUCCAUCCAGCCUCAUCCUCACCCUUUGUUUCUCCACAACACACACCUUAUGCUACAGUACAUGCUGGGGACUCCAGAUUACGGCAAGCUUUUGAAGCAGUGCUAAGAAAGACAAGCCUUCUAAAGAUGGAUGACAAGAAUGCAAGUGGCAGCACAAAUGUUGCAAACUCAAAUAAUACUUCAAAGCGUGUGUCAUUGCCAAUGAAUAGAAUGAUUGAGAUGACCCUCGACUUCAGCAAGUGUCACAUUGACCCUGCGCCCUUCCAGCUGGUUGAGAGAACGUCGUUGCUAAAGGUCCACUCUCUCUUCUCUAUGUUGGGUCUCAACCAUGCAUACGUAACUGCGAUUGGGAGGCUCAUAGGUGUGGUUGCACUGAAAGAGCUACGGAAAGCCAUCGAAGAGACCAACUCGGGAGACUUCCCCAAGCCAGAGACAGUUCCUGCAGCCCCGGAUAGUCCCCCAAGAAGCCCAAAGACUUCAGAGUCAAAGGAUUAAUGAUUAUCGAUCAGAUAAUGGACACAUUUUUUUCUCGUGCAUGUGUUGCGGAAUAAGCACUUUUUUCACUCUCAUUCUAGUAUGUGUAUUUAUUGAUGAAGCUAUUAUUGAUAUAGGUAGAAAAUUUGAGAAUUAUUUGGGCUUCCUGAUAUUAAAAAUACAUUCGGUGAAAAGAGCAAAGAAAUAUGCAGUUCUGUAAUUGACGAUGCAGAUUACAAUAUUAUGUAUCUUUUGCUACUUGCAUGUUAAGACAAUUAA